UAUAUUGCCUGUUCCAUUCGAAGAAUGGAUGGCAAAAACGCUGACCAGAAAAAUAGCGAUCUGGACUAGGUUUGACAUGUCUGUUAGGGGACGUGAACAACGAAAUGAGUUAGGGUCAAUACACAACCAUAGUGCAGACGACUCUGUAUCCCAUAUGCACCGAUACUCGCAAUAGAAGGGCUGCUCGUUGAGAAUAUUGUGCGUUGUGGAUAAGAGAAUAAGAUUGGUAGAUGACCAGUAAAAGAGCGAUCUGGACUAGGUUUUACAUUCCUGUAUGGAAUGCAAGCCACGAAGCGACCAAAGGACAAAUGUCUUCAUGACGCAGACACCUAUUCAUACGCAAAGGAUCUCGCCCGAUGAAUCCAGGAGGCCUGGUCUUUUGUGUGCAUCCCUUCACCUGGAACACAGGCAAAGCAACAACGAAUUCCUACCAGACAGCAUCACCGGUAUGCGCAUACCGAUUAACCAUAUGUCCAGUAAGCUCCACUGCUAUAUACUUCCGGGUUCCGGCAUUGGUGCAAAAGAUACACGACCAGUGCGCAUCGGGAUUCAUGCUAGCUCAUUCCUCGGUUCACAUUUAACAGGCGGCACACGAAGCACCACCUGCCGCGCUUAACAGCACAAUUUGCGCGAUAGAGAUGUGACAUCACCAUAAGUUGACAUCUGCCCAACCCCCAGCGACAGUUUCCAAAGCGUAUCAUCUACGCCCUCCCCCGUGGGAUCUUAAGGCUAAGCUAAUGACAGGCUGCUUUUCUGGUAUGUCGCUCAGCCGUUUAUAGCUGGACCCAGUUAGGAUCAAAAAAGGGGUGUCCAGACCUUGACCUGCUCAAGAAAUAAGAUGCGGAAGCAUCCUGUGCGUAGUGAGCGUCGUGGCCUUCAAACUGGCCUUUCAGAAGAAGUCAUAUACGGCAAUGACGUUCAUUGGAGAGAACGCCUCCGUACUGUAAAUCAAAUGUCCUGUAUGAUAAGAAGGAAUGAUAUCAGUCGUGUUAUACAGCACUUAGGCAAAACAAGCCACAAUACGACAC